GCUCCCAACGCCAAAUUCCACCCCAAAAUUCCCGGCUGCAUUCCCGUUCCCAUCGUAGCUUUUGAAAGGAAAAGUGGGCUUGGAGGAUCGUCGUGACGUAAGGCGUGGAGAGAGGGAGGAGGGCGCACGGAGCGAGGCGACUCCAUUUGCCCCGGACGCAGCCUCGCAGGAAAACUGUUUGGGAUAGUUCGCUUCGGCGGCUACUUCUCGUGGAUUUACUCCCAUUUUCACUCACCUUCACAACUUUUCGCCCAUGAUCUAAAGGAGGGACACUUAUUUGUUCAUUUUAGUCGUCUUUUUUUAGUCUUUUAGCUUUUUUACCAAGGAUGGCUCUGGACGGGAUCCGGAUGCCCGACGGCUGUUACGCUGACGGGACGUGGGAGUUGAAGAUGCACGUGACCGACCUGAACAGAGACGUGUCGCUCAGGGUCACCGGGGAGAUCCACAUCGGAGGGGUCAUGCUCAAACUCGUUGAGAAGCUAGAUGUAAAGAAGGACUGGUCGGAUCACGCCUUGUGGUGGGAGAAGAAGAAAACAUGGCUGCUGAAGACCCACUGGACCCUGGAUAAGUACGGGAUCCAGGCGGACGCGCGUCUGCUCUUCACCCCCCAGCACAAGCUCCUCCGCCUGCAGCUGCCCAACAUGAAGCACAUGAAGGUCAAAGUCAACUUCUCUGACCGUGUCUUCAAGGCCGUGUCCGACAUCUGCAAGACCUUCAAUAUCCGACACCCAGAGGAGCUGUCUCUGUUGCGUAAGCCGAGGGACCCCAAGAAAAAGAAGAAAAAGCCGGAGGAGGCGGAAGAGGACGACCUGGAGCUAGAGGGGCCACUGCUCACCCCGGGAUCAGGGAGCAUCUACUCCAGCCCAGGCCUGUACAGUAAGACCAUGACACCCACGUACGACUCUCGGGACGGCAGCCCCCUCUCGCCCACCUCCGCCUGGUUUGGGGACAGUCCUCUCUCCGAAGGCAACCCCGGCAUCCUCGCAGUGAGCCAGCCCAUCUCCACACCGGACACACUGGUCAAACUCUACAAGCCUCAGUCUCUGCUGGACAAGGCCAAAAUCAACCAGGGGUGGCUGGACUCUUCUCGCUCUCUGAUGGAGCAGGAUGUGAAGGAGAAUGAGGUGCUCCUGCUGAGGUUCAAAUACCACAGCUUCUUCGACCUCAACCCCAAGUACGAUGCCAUCCGAGUGAACCAGCUAUACGAGCAGGCCAAGUGGGCCAUCCUUCUGGAAGAGAUCGAGUGCACGGAGGAGGAGAUGAUGAUGUUUGCAGCUCUGCAGUACCACAUCAACAAGCUGUCCAUCAUGUCCUCAGACAACCACCUGAACAACAGCGAGAAGGAGGUGGACGAAGUGGAUGCGGCGCUGUCUGACCUGGAGAUCACACUGGAGGGAGGGAAGACGUCCAACACACUGGGUGACAUCACCGCUAUUCCCGAACUCGCCGACUAUGUCAAGGUCUUCAAACCCAAGAAGUUGACCCUGAAAGGCUAUAAGCAGUACUGGUGCACAUUCAAGGACAUCACCAUCUCCUGCUACAAGAGCAAAGAGGAGGCCCACGGCACGCCUGCACACCAGAUGAAUCUCAGAGGUUGUGAGGUGACACCAGACGUGAACAUCUCUGGACAGAAAUUCAACAUCAAGCUGCUAAUUCCUGUGGCUGACGGCAUGAACGAGAUCUGGCUCCGGUGUGACACGGAGAAGCAGUACGCCCACUGGAUGGCCGCGUGCCGUCUGGCCUCCAAAGGGAAGACCAUGGCCGACAGCUCGUACAACCUGGAAGUGCAGAACAUCUUGUCCUUCCUCAAGAUGCAGCACAUGAACCCUGACCCCCAGUUCAUCGAGCCCAUCUCCACAGACAUCAACCCCGAGUGCCUGGUGUCCCCGCGCUACCUCAAGAAGUACAAGAACAAGCAGCCAGGCUUUAUCAGGGACCUGAUUUCCGCCCGUAUCCUGGAGGCGCAUCAGAACGUAGCCCAGAUGAGCCUUAUCGAAGCUAAAAUGCGCUUCAUACAGGCCUGGCAAUCGCUCCCAGAGUUCGGAAUCACCCACUUCCUGGCCAAGUUCCAGGGCGGAAAGAAGGAGGAGUUGAUUGGGAUCACCUAUAACAGACUGAUCCGGAUGGACGCACACAGCGGAGACGCCAUCAAGACCUGGCGCUUCAGCAACAUGAAGCAGUGGAACGUCAACUGGGAGAUCAAGAUGGUCACGGUGGAGUUUGCGGAUGAGCCCAGCCUGUCGUUCAUCUGCGCCGAGGUGGACUGUAAAGUGGUGCAUGAGUUCAUAGGAGGCUACAUCUUCCUGUCCACGCGCGCCAAGGACCAGAACGAGUCCUUAGACGAGGAGAUGUUCUACAAGCUGACCAGCGGCUGGGUCUGAGCAGCACUCGCCCCCCCCCCCCCAACCCUGCAGCACCCAACGCCCCCCUUACCCGUCACCCACCAACCCACGCAUCCCCGAGAAGCACCCAUCUUAACGUUAUUUUAUUCAGAUGUUUCAGAACGGGCUGAAACGGCUCGACACGUUGCCAUGGCAGACGCCUUUUUUUUGUGCUUAUGCGGACUAUUUUGAAGGACUCUAAUAGAGAAGUUUAUUAUGAAGUCUCCUGGAUGUCUGUGUAAUCCCUCAGUCGUUCAGGUAGGUUCUGUUGCAAAAGAAAGUUUUAUUCUGUUAAUUGGGUAAAUGUUUUUUGAAGUGAAUACGUUUCACCGCUCAUCCGAGAGGCUUCAUCAGUUCUGAUCGGGUUCUGCAAGUCACUUUUUCAUAUCUGGCUGAAAGGAGGAACUAACUAACUACACUGAAACUAACACACCCUAGUUGUUUACUCUAAGGAGUAUCAAAAUGAAGAAAACAAUGGGGUGACUCAAAGUAUGCUAAUAGGAGUUGGAUCACCCAUUAGGAGCUUCAACAAUCAUGCAAAACGUGAACAAAAAAUGACUGUUCACACCUUAGGGUAGUUCAAUUUACUUACUUACAGCUCAUGAUAAACAACUAGGGUGUGUUAGUUUCAGUGUAGUUGGCACCUCCCGUCGGAUAGAUGUAUAUUUCAGUGACUUGCACAACACUGUCAGAACUGCUGAAGCUACUUGCAAAAAAACCCCAACAUUUUCCCAAUUGACAGAAUGUUUCGUUUGCAAAGUCUCCUGGAUCAUAUACGUCCAUAACAUGCCUGCGAUUUAACCCAAAGAUGAUAUAAUGUUGUCCACACUAAUUUAUUUAAUGUAACUCGCUUAAUAAAAGUCAAGAACUCACUUUUUUGUCAGUUUAGGUUGUUUUAAAUGUUAUAUUAUUGGAUCGCAUUAGUGUGGACGUGCACUGCAAAGAUAGAACAUCAAAAUGCGUUAAAAAUGUCUUGAAUUUUAAAUCAGACAGACAGUGGUAG